ACGACAAGAUCUGUCAGAGGAUUUUUAAAUCCAAUCUAGUUUAAAGAAUACAAGAAAAAGAUAAAGAUUUAACGAUAGCAUGUUGAUUGGCGUAACUAAAAUAAUAAAUGCAUUGGUACCUAGUGUUAGUCCUGUUGAGACAUCCCUGCAGGUGGUCGCGAUGGACGAGCUGAACUUCCCGUACGAUAUAACACCCUUCACUGAGGAGGAAAACAAAGAAUUUUUGAAUUUCUUACAAGGUUUAACUAAAAAGUACAGUCGUAUUGGACCCAAAGGAUAUGUACUAAUACGAGAAUAUGAUCGGGGCAUGGCUGCCAAUAUUUAUAACUUCCCAUUGAGAUCUGACGAUGUAUUCGUCAUAUCUUUUCCUAAAUCUGGGACAACGUGGACUCAAGAAUUAGUGUGGCUGUUAUUGAACGAUUUAGAUUAUGAAAAAGCAAAGAAAAGCUUAAAUUAUAGGUUUCCAUUUUUAGAGGCGUCAAUGUUUGAUUUCGAACAACCUGUACCUGAAGAUCCCAGAUACGCUAUAUCAAAGGAGAUAAAACCACCAACGGUAGAUCAGAUAAAAAAUAUGCCAUCGCCUAAAUUUAUUAAAUCUCAUUUACCUCUCUCUUUACUCCCGCCAAAUUUACUGGAAAAAUCAAAGGUAGUGUACGUCGCCCGUGAUCCGCGAGAUGUUGCUGUAUCCUUCUUUCACCAUUACAAGCUUAUGAAGAUGAUGGCGCCAGAUAGAGACUUCAAGACCUAUUGGAGCUACUUCAUUAACAGUAAAUUACUUUGGACGCCAUACUUUGCCAGUGUACUGGAGGCUUGGGAAAAACGCAACCAUCCCAAUAUGCUGUUUUUAUUCUAUGAAGAACUGUCCAAGGAUUUGUCCGGAAAAAUUCGUCGUGUUGCGAAUUUCUUUGACAAGAAGAUAACAGAUGUCCAAAUAGAUGAACUGAAAGAGCAUCUUAAAUUUGAUAACUUUAAGAAAAACAAAUCCGUAAAUUAUCAAGACAUGCAAGAUAAAGGCCUCUUUAGCAACGAUGGUGGAUUCGUGAGAAAAGGUAAAGUCGGUGGAUGGAGAGAGCACUUCGAUGAGGAAAUGACAGCUCAAGCGGAGAAAUGGAUUAACGAAAAUCUUAAAGGAACGGACUUUAGAUUUCCUCAAUGAAUUUUUAAUUUCACAAUAAACAUUUAUAUCGCGACGCUGAUGUUUGUAAAGUUAUAAAGAACUUAAAUUAAGAAAAAAAAAUUUUUUUCUUAAGUUAUUGUAAAGAUAAAAUUGACAUUUCUUUUUAAUGUUAUGUUAAUGAACAAUAGAACACAAGUUUAGAUCUCAUCUGGAUUCGAUUACAAGAGAACAACUGGCACCGACUUCAUAUUUCUGGUUUAUAACAUCAGAAAUUAGAAUAUUUGCGAGAAGGUUGUGCAAUCUUAUCAUAAGAACAAUCAGCAACAUUGCACUUUCUAAACUAGCUACUACCUAUAUAUUUUUUGCUAUGACAAAGUUCCAUUAAUAUCAACCUUGAAUUGAUAAAAAGCACCGUGGGUCAUAUACGUAUAUUAUAUUUAGAGCUAUAGAGAUAAUAAAGAUAUUUAUUAUAGAUGUGACGAUAUAUAAUCUAUGACAUCACAUUGUUCUUAUUAAUUUUAUCUUCGGUGUUGUUACGUGCACGAAUCUGUGUUAAACCUAGUGCUGCCCAAAACCGGUCUUGGUCUUGCAAAAAAGCAAGAACAAGACCAAGACCAAGACCACAUAUUCUUAGCAAGACCGAGACCAAGAUUGACUGGG